ACAUGUGCUGGUUGUGGAACUGAAAUUCGCGAUAAACAUCUUCUCUUGUCGAUGGAUAGGCAUUGGCAUGUUAACUGUUUAAAAUGUUCUUGCUGUGGCAUAAGAUUAGAUGACGUAGCAACAAAAUGCUAUUACAAAUCUGGCUUGAUUUUAUGUCAACGAGAUUAUAUCAGGCGCUUUGGUAGUGGUGGCAGCUGUGCAGGUUGUCUUCAGGCAAUAUCACCCGACGAGAUGGUUCUCAAGUUAAAUCAGAGAGCUUACCAUCCCAAUUGCUUUACCUGUGUAGUAUGUACAAGUCGAUUAACAUCGGGUGAUCGUUUCCGACUAGUUAACGGCCAUAUAGUAUGUGAACAUCAC